AACAUCAAGUUGACCCAAGGCCCACUGCAGAAGUCAUUUGUCCUCCUUUCACAGGGCAGACAGUCAGUUGUAUGCAAGAAGCAUUUAAGACUACCUUAAUUUAUAAUUCUUAACAGCUAUUUCAGCAAAGAGCACAGCAACAUAAUGGAGAAGUCAGGAAAAGUAAAGAUUACUUUUAGUAUCAUCUUGAUUGGUUGUAUUUUGUUGCUAGUGGCCGUAGUCACUGAUCACUGGGCAGUUUUAAGUCCUCAAGUAAAAGACAAUAAUAUUACCUGCGAUGUUGCACAUUUUGGACUAUGGAGGCUCUGUAUCAAAAGGCUCUACAUAGGAGCGCAAAGCACACACAGCAAUGAAUGUGGACCGCUCAGUCUGCCUGGAGAAUAUAACUGCACAUAUUUCAAGCAUUUCACCCCAGGACUGGAAGAAGAAAUCUUUGAAAUUACCACUCAGAAAGAAUACAGCAUCUCCGCUGCAGCUAUUGCCAUUUUUGCUAUUGGUUUUGUGAUUCUGGCUACGAUUUGCAAUCUGUUGUCCUUUAGGCAGAAGCUAGAUUAUCUACUGAAACCAGCAUCCAUGUUCUAUACUUUUGGCGGACUGUGUACUUUUGUCACUGUUGAAAUCAUGCGCCAGUCUGUAACAAGGAUGAUUAAGAGUGAUGCCACUGUGUGGAUCGCAUACUACUAUUCGUGGUCUUUUGGUUGUGCCUGUGCUGCUGCUAUCCUACUUGUCAUCUUUGGAAUCAUUCUUCUGCUCGUCUCCCUGCCACGAAUGCCACAGAAUCCAUGGGAAUCAUGCAUGGAUGCCGAACCAGAGCACUGAGAAGCAAAUAAACUCAUCGUGUAAAAAAUAUACAUAAAGGCAUUCAAAACUGUGUACUGGAAGUAGAAAGGACAUUUCUGUAAACAAAACCUUUAGAUUAAUAUCAAAAUCAAGAUAAAUUCAUCUGUUGCUGUAAUGCACUGUGAGCAGCCAAAGCAGGCUCACAUUUACAGAACCUACCAAAUUUUCUUUUUUCAGUAUCAUAAUGUAACACUAUUAUAGUUUUUGCACCUUACAGCAUGUCUUAUUAUCAUUAUGGUUCUGCUCGGAAGAACUCUAAUUUUUUCCUUAAAUUUUAUAGUGAGAAAAUAAAGACAAAUCAGCUCAGGACAGCAGAGACAGGGAUCCUUUCAUAAAAAUGACUGCAGAGUGCUUAUGAAGAAAAUGAAAUGAUGGAACAUUUGUCUUAUAUAUGGAAGUAAUAACACUAGUCAGUUUCUGAAUCUGUUUUGAAUGAUACAGAUGUUGAUAAAACAGGUAGGAAAAUACUGUUAUCAGCAAAAGAGAGCUUUUUUUUGUUUGUUUUUUGUUUGUUUUCAUUGUUAUUUUUCUCUAAAACAUACAAACAUAGCGUUGACUGAAUGUUGCUUGUUUAAGGCGGUUAUCAAGCUGAUAGGUGGAUUUAUCAGCUUUGUGCUUGAUUAAAGCCUUGCAAGACUGUUAUACACUGUACAUAUAUGUUGCAGACUUUUAAACCAUAAACUUAGCUAUUAAUUGACAAGCAUUUCUUUAUUAAUUUAUGUUUACUCAUAUACGUACAGUUUUUAUAUGGAGGCUUACCAAAAUACACAUGGUUAAAAAAAAAAAAACUGGAAAAAUUAACUUUUUUUUUUUAAGAAAUAAGCACUAAUCCUACUUUUAAUACAUAAACUGCAACAAAGAGUGCAUUCAUUUGAUUCCACUGUAUUCUCUUUCUAGCAAGAUUUACAAAAAUAAAAGUCUGGAACUACA